AGUUAAAAAUCUGUUUGCGAGGAGGUAAGUAGUACUAACUGGGGGAUCUGACCUCUUUCUAACAUUUUUAUAAUAUGACUAUGACUAAUCAUAUUUUCUAAAUAUUUUUUGUACAGUCGAAAUGAAAAGUCUACCGAUAUUUUUAAUAUGCGUUUGCUUUGCUGCAAAUACAUUUUGCAGUAAUUUGAAGUAUUAUCCAACAAUCAAGCCUCUGGGUGAUGAGAUGAUGAAUUUCAUCAACAAAUUAAAUACUACCUGGAAGGUAAUAAUAUAUUAUUUUUAUAAUCAUAAUUUCAUUACAAACAACGAAUUCAAAAAAACUGAACUUGCAAAUAUUUAUAUACUUUUAUUUAUACUCUUUAUUAUUACGUAUAACUUAAUCAACGUUGGCUGGGCGUAUUCGAUAUGAUUAAUACAAAGCUCAAAAAUAACAAUAACAUAGUACAUUUUCUUAAUAGGCUGGAAUAAACUUUGAUGAACAAGAUUUGGGUCAUGUAAAACGCAUGUGCGGAGUUAUUCCAGACCCAAACAACUACAGAGCUUCAUACAGAAUUCAUAACGUUGCCGCAGAAUAUAUUCCUAAGGAAUUCGACGCACGAACAAAAUGGUCAUAUUGCAAGAGUUUGAGAGAAAUUCGUGAUCAAGGUUCUUGCGGAUCUUGUUGGGCUUUUGCAGCUGUUGAAGCCAUGACUGAUAGAAUUUGUAUUGCUUCUAAAGGACAAGAAAAUUUCCAUAUUUCAUCUGAAGAUUUGCUCACUUGUUGUACAGCCUGUGGAAUGGGAUGUAACGGAGGUUUCCCACAAGCUGCCUGGGAUUAUUUCGAAAAUCAUGGUAUUGUUACAGGUGGACAAUACGGAACUAAAUCAGGAUGUCAACCAUACGAAAUCAAACCCUGCGAACAUCAUGUUCCCGGACCAAGACAAAAGUGCGGAGAAGAAUCAACUCCAAAAUGUCAACAUACAUGCGAAAAUGGGUAUGGAAUUGAUUAUCAAAAGGACAAGCAUUUUGGACUUUCUUCUUACUCUGUACCCAACGAUGUAACUGAAAUCCAAGCCGAAAUUAUGAAUCAUGGUCCAGUCGAGGCAGCCUUUACUGUUUACGCCGAUUUCCCAUCAUACAAGAGCGGAGUUUACCAACACGAAAGUGGCGCUGCACUUGGAGGCCAUGCUGUCAAGAUUCUUGGAUGGGGCGAAGAAAAUGGUACUCCUUACUGGCUCGUUGCAAAUUCUUGGAAUUACGAUUGGGGUGAUAAAGGAUUCUUCAAAAUUUUGAGAGGACAAAAUGAAUGCGGUAUAGAGUCUGAAAUAGUUGCAGGUGUACCUAAAGUUUAAAUGUUUUUACUUGAAGAUUGAAAUAUUAUGUCAAUAGCCACACUAUUACUAAAAGUUUCUUGUGAUCAAAAGUUUUUGUCAAUAAUAAAGUAUCUUAUCUAUAAAGAGAACUAACAUUACAAAAGAUAUCGAUGCUAAAAUAUAAUCAAUAUUUGCAAAAUAUUUAUUAAAACACAAACUGUUGAAAAGUCAUUUACUCAUUUUUUGCAUUGACCUAAUUUUCUUAUAAUGCUAAUGAGAUUGAUUGUGCCUUGCAGAUUUCGUUGGUUGUAGGGAAAAAGCCAAAAAUUCCACUGAAAUAACAAAAAAAAAAUAAUUAAUAUUAACAAUAGCAUUUUUCAAAAGUAAGAUGCUGACAGUGCGGAUAGAAACCCUUUCGUAUAACUUUCAUAAGGAAUGAAGCCAAGAAUGAGACAGUUUUUGAUAAUUGAACUUCAAGGGCAGUUAUUUCAUUUAUACUAUUAAAAAAAGGGGAAGAUUUAGUAACAUUUAUUAUUUUUAUACACUAUAUUAAUGAGCUAUAAAAUUACAUACUUAACAAUUUCGGUCCACAUUUUUUCUAAUGAACUAACGGCAUUAAAUAUCUUGAAUAUUGCUUGCCUAAUAAACGAAAGUUUAUCCGAUAGCAAACACCUAGAAUAGAUUUGUUUUAUAUAUCUAUUAUGAGCAGAUAUUAAAUCUUCAACAUUUUUUGCUAGUCUUAAAUGUUCAGAAAAUUGAAGUCCACUAGUUUGUAAAAUCUAAAAAGGAACAAUAAUUAUAUUAAUGCACAUUAAAUAAAUACUUGUAUUAG